UUUUAAUCAUUAAAUUUUUUAAGCUCAAUUUCAUUCAAAUUUACGCUACCUUUUUUCUUUCUUCUACUUCCCUCAUUGUGAUCGAAUCUAGUAUUUUAAUUAUUUUACUUCAAUAUAAGCAUUAAUAGCUUCAAUAAGUUAUUGUAAUUAUUAUUAAUAAAUUGAUUAAUUUUUUAUAAAUAGUAAAUAAAUUAAAAAAAGAAUAGAAAAUGAGGUUGAGUGUUGGAAUUUGGUGGCUGAGGUGAUUGUGAUUGUGAAGAUGAUGAUGAUGUUACAGACUCCAAGGAUGAUUUCAGAUGUUGCUACUAGAACUGGACCAGCUGCUGGUGGUCAACUUGAAAGGGACAUUGAGCAGGCAAUUACUGCUCUAAAGAAGGGGGCUUAUCUUCUCAAAUAUGGGAGAAGAGGGAAACCUAAGUUUUGUCCCUUCAGGCUAUCUAAUGAUGAAUCUGUCCUUAUAUGGUUUUCCGGUAAAGAGGAAAAACACCUUAAACUAAGUCAUAUCUCCAGAAUUGUUUCAGGGCAGCGAACCCCAAUCUUUCAACGAUAUCCACGGCCUGAGAAGGAGUAUCAAUCAUUUUCUCUAAUAUAUAACGAUAGGUCUCUAGAUUUGAUCUGCAAGGAUAAGGAUGAAGCCGAGGUGUGGUUUAGUGGUCUUAAGGCAUUAAUAUCACGUGGCCAUCAGAGAAAAUGGAGAACAGAAUCAAGGAGUGACGGAAUCCCAUCUGAAGCUAAUAGUCCCAGGACCUAUACGCGGAGAAGCUCACCUUUACAUUCUCCAUUUGGUAGUGGUGAUAGCUCCCAGAAGGACACAGGUGAUCAGCUCCCCCUUCAAAGUCCUUUUGGAAGUCCUCCAAAAAACAUUCCAGACAUGAACUUUUAUAAGGUUUCUCCUAAGGGUUUCUUCCCUUCAGAUUCCGCCAGUGGUUCUGUUCAUUCCCUGUCAUCUCGAGGUUCUGAUAGCAUCCAUGGCCACACAAGGGUGACGGGUGUAGAUGCCUUUAGAGUAAGUUUAUCAAGUGCUGUUAGCUCAUCAAGUCAAGGUUCUGGUCAUGAUGAUGGGGAUGCCUUGGGAGACGUCUUUCUUUGGGGGGAAAUCACCGGAGAUGGUGGAUCCCAGAGAAUCGGCAGUUCCAUUGGUGCUAAAACUGAUUCUUUAUUACCCAAAGCUUUAGAAUCAGCAGUUGUGCUCGAUGUUCAGAAUAUUGCUUGUGGUGGAAGACAUGCUGCAUUAGUAACCAAACAAGGAGAAAUCUUCUCUUGGGGAGAGGAAUCUGGAGGGAGACUCGGGCAUGGUGUAGAUUCAGACGUUUUGUGCCCGAAACUUAUUGAAUCUCUUAGCAAUACAAACAUUGAGCUUGUAGCAUGUGGUGAGUAUCAUACAUGUGCUGUUACACUCUCUGGAGAACUUUAUACAUGGGGUGAUGGGCAUUUUGGAAUUCUCGGACACGGGAAUGAGGUAAGCCAUUGGGUCCCAAAACGGGUCAAUGGGCCACUAGAGGGUAUCCAUGUUUCGUUCAUCUCAUGUGGACCCUUUCAUACGGCUGUGGUGACUUCUGCUGGACAACUAUUUACUUUUGGUGAUGGGACUUUUGGUGUUUUAGGACAUGGAGAUCGAAAAAGUGUUCUAAAACCUCGAGAAGUUGAAUCUCUCAAGGGACUUCGAACUGUUAGAGCUGCUUGUGGUGUUUGGCAUACUGCCGCAGUAGUAGAAGUUAUGGUUGGGAAUUCAAGUUCUAGUAAUUGUUCCUCGGGGAAAUUAUUUACAUGGGGUGAUGGCGAUAAAUACCGACUUGGCCAUGGCGAUAAAGAAACUAAAUUAGUACCCACUUGUGUUGCUGCACUCGUUGAUCCCAAUUUUUGUCAAGUUACAUGUGGACAUAGCAUGACUGUUGCACUUACGACCUCGGGUCAUGUGUACACAAUGGGAAGUCAAGUUUAUGGUCAACUAGGAAACCCACAAGCCGAUGGAAAAUUCCCGACUCGUGUUGAAGGCAAACUUUCAAAGAGUUUUGUUGAGGAGAUAUCUUGUGGGGCUUAUCAUGUUGCAGUUUUGACUUCUAGGACCGAAGUUUAUACUUGGGGUAAGGGUAGUAAUGGUCGACUUGGUCAUGGAGACAUAGAUGACAGAAAUUCUCCCAUCCUUGUAGAAGCAUUAAAAGAUAAACAAGUAAAAACUAUUGCAUGUGGUACUAAUUUUACUGCAGCUAUAUGUCUUCAUAAGUGGGUCUCGGGAACUGAUCAGAGUAUGUGUUCUGGCUGCCACCUACCAUUCAAUUUCAAAAGAAAACGCCACAAUUGCUAUAAUUGUGGACUUGUUUUCUGUCAUUCAUGUAGUAGCAAGAAGUCGUUAAGGGCCUCUAUGGCAUUAAAUCCUAACAAACCUUAUCGUGUUUGUGAUAACUGUGUUAAUAAAUUGAAGAAAUCUAUAGAUGCUGAUAUCUCAUCACAGUCAUCUGUGAGUAGAAGAGGAAGUGUGAAUCCAGGUAUGACUGAUGUAAAUGAAAAAGAUGAAAAGUCAGACCCGAGCUUUCGUCCUCGCCUUGCUAGGUUUUCAUCGAUGGAAGCCUUGAAACCUAUUGAUAACCGUACUUCAAAACGGAACAAAAAACUAGAGUUCAAUAGCAGUCGUGUGUCACCUAUACCUAAUGGAAGCUCUCAAUGGGGAGGUCUAAAUAUAUCUAAAUCUCUUAAUCCAGUAUUUGAAUCUUCCAAAAAGUUCUUCUCAGCUUCAGUUCCUGGUUCAAGAAUUGUAUCUCGAGCAACAUCUCCAAUAUCGAAACGGCCAAGUCCUCCGCGGUCAACCACACCAAUCCCAACCUUGGGUGGGCUAUCUUCACCAAAGAUUGUGACGGAUGAUUCUGAAAGGAAAAAUGAUGCCAUCAAUGAAGAAGUUGUGAAACUAAAAGCACAGGUCGAAAAUCUUACUCGUAAAGCAGAACUUCAAGAGAUUGAGCUGGAACGAACCUCUAAACAACUGAAGGAGGCAAUAGCUAUUGCAGGGGAAGAGAGCUCAAAAUGCAAGGCAGCAAAAGAAGUGAUUAAAUCACUUACCGCCCAACUGAAAGACAUGGCUGAAAGGUUGCCAGUGGGAGCUGCCAGGAACAUCAAAUCUCCUUCCUUUACAUCCUUUGGAUCAAAUCUUGCUUCCGGUGAUACUUUGUCAAAUGGCCUAGUUGACCGGCAUAAUGGUCAAAUGGUACCGUAUGAAGAACCGGAUACAAAUGGUUCAAACAGCCAGCUAAAACCAAAUGCCAUCAAUACCCGCAGUUUGAGCCACAACAAACCUCCCAAUUCAGAGGCAACAACAAUAAAAAGUAGCAGAAGCAAAGAUAGUGAAUCUCAAGGUGCUGAUGAUGAAUGGGUGAAACAGGAUGAACCUGGUGUCUAUAUUACCCUCACAUCGUUACCCGGAGGUGCCAAAGAUCUUAAACGAGUUCGCUUCAGCCGGAAGCGAUUCAGUGAGAAGCAAGCAGAGCAGUGGUGGGCAGAGAACCGGACAAGAGUUUAUGAACAGUACAAUGUCAGAAUGCUUGAUAAAUCAAGCGUGGGUAUUGGAAAUGAAGACUUAGCAAGAUGAUUGACAUGUAGGAACAUCACAUAGUAUGUAAAUGAAUAUAAUUUUAAUUUCCCUCUGCAUCAUCUCUCGUAAAGAAAUGGUGGUCAAAUUUAUAGGCUAAGUUUCGCUCCUACGUCUUGUUAAGAGGUUGGAAGCAAAGUUUACUUAACACAAGAAGGAGCAUUCCGAAAACCUUUGGGUGUGCCUCUUCUUUUCUUUCUUCAUAUUUUGCAUUAACUCGUUGUGAGCGUAUAUUGAGUUCCCCCUCAAUAUCUAGUUUGGAAGGGAUUGAGCUUGGGGAAAUGGAGGUGAUUAGUUGGUCUUUUGGCUUAUUCUUUAAAAGCCGGUUCCAUGUAUAUUCAUUAUUAAGUCAACAUCGUUCCCAUUAUAUAUUUUCAAGUAUGCAUUGAUAAUUUUAUAGUUGAUUGUUACA